AAUUCCAUUCUGUAAAAUGAAAGCCGAAGGGUGAACUAACUUGGGAGGAGAGAGAGUCCGAGUCAUGGCACACGGCUUCAAAUUGUUUUCCAUUAUAUCCCUUGUGCUGCUGCUCCUUUUUGCAAACGCCCAGAAAUGGAAAACUGCACAAACUUGAAUACACCGAAGCUUUCUGAAGGAUUGUUUCCAGGAAUCUCCAGAUCUGGUCUGAUAUUCUGAAAAAUUGUUCAGUGCACUUCCAAGUCUCAAAUAUUAUUUAUAGGGAAGUGGAUGAUCUUCCCAUAGAAAGAAUGCACACCCCAAGAACAGGUUGGCGAGUAUUUAUGGGUGUUUCGAUUCGUUUGAUCUUUCAUGGUCCUCAACCUUCGAUCACACUUGUGAAUAAUUAAGCUAUAAAAUCCUCAGCCUCUUAUGCUUCUGUCCAAAAGAUCUCCCAGUUAAACAAUGACGAAGCCAUUUGUAAAAUGCCCAAAGUUAACAAUCGGCUGACCUAUGCCACUUGUAAGCUGCAAGCUUCGAGAAUCCAAUAAUGCAGAUCCUUUUGAAACCUUUAUUGGGAAUACAAUAACUUUGAUGUUCAGAGUAGUGGCACCACUGAUAAAACCAAUACCAAUAUUCAGAUGGAGAAUUUCUCAGAUGGAGAAUAUAUGGCUACUAAAAAAUGAGGUGUUGGAAUGGGGUGGAGAUGCCGACUCGGUUGAGGUAUUUAUAAUGUUUUCUCCCUGGUGGAUUAAUUUUGAACAGGUAUCCAAGUUUGACAGCUGUAUUAUUUGCCUUUUCCACUUCAACCGAGGAGCUGUGUUUUUUGCACGUGAACCGAGAUGAAGAGACAGCUUGGUGUGCGCACGCCUUGGAACAGCCUGGCCAGACUUGAUGGGUGCUUUAGAAUGUGUGUAUUGUUGAACUUUAAUUAAUGUUUCUAAUGUGCAUGAGUAAACAUAAAGUUUCGUAAUGUAGCUUUCUGUAAAUAGCGGCCCAAUUUCUGCCAAUUUGGCACUGUACACGUCUGAAAAAUUCGGCCCAGCUGUUUGAUUUCAUCAUUAAUUGAUGUUGUGCAAUUUUACCCUUCACAGGGCUAUUUAUGUAAUUUACGUUAUGGACUCUUACCUUAGGACUUUGGGC